AUUCAUUCUCCAAAUUUGAUUUCUCUCUUCCUUCCUCAAAUCCCCCAAAUCAGUGACGUCUUGUAAUUUUAUUCCUCCUUAAAAUCGACGUACGUUAUAUAAUUGGAGCAAUUUUUCUCAAUGCAUCAGAUUAUCGUAUAGUUAAAGCUAGUUGUCUUCUGUUGCAUCGUAGUUCUAACCAAGAACAGUCCAUCUCGCCUUCGUCUUCUCGUCAAACAGAAAAGCUUCUCAUAAGUCCUAAGUAAACUGGCCCAACAUAAGGCCCGCUUGCAACCGGAUCUAACCCGACUGGACCCGGCGUCUGCAUCUCAACGGCCAAACCCGCAGUUAUCGUAAUCGCCGCACCAACAAAAUGGCAGCAGGAUCCGAUUCCAAUUCUGCACCCCCCUCCGGCAACAGCUUCUCGUCCGCCGCUAAGGACGGCAUGACGGUGGAGGAGUGCGAAACUAUGAUCCAAAGAAGCCUUAGAACUCCAUCGGUGAAGUUUUUACGGGAGCAUUUGGAGAAAAGUGGAUGUAAUAUCGCGUCCAAUUUUAUCAAGGCUGUUAAUUGCGACCAAAAGAUGAGUGGUGGUUAUGUUCGCGGAGAAGGGAUAGUGGUAUGUAGCAAUUACAUGAACAUUCAAGAUGAGGUUAAUCAAGUGGUUAUCCAUGAACUAAUUCAUGCAUAUGAUGACUGUCGAGCUGCAAAUUUGGAUUGGACUAAUUGUGCUCAUCAUGCUUGUAGUGAGAUUCGAGCUGGGCAUCUCAGUGGUGAUUGCCACUAUAAAAGGGAACUCUUGCGAGGUUUUGUCAAAAUAAGAGGCCAUGAACAAGAGUGUGUGAGGAGAAGGGUAAUGAAGUCAUUAGCCAACAAUCCAUAUUGUUCAGAAGCAGCUGCUAAGGAUGCAAUGGAAGCUGUGUGGGAGACUUGUUAUAAUGAUACAAAGCCAUUUGACAGAGCCCCUUGAGAUUUUUUUUUUAUAUUUUCUGGGUUGAGUUUUUCCCCGUUUUUAUUCAAAGUAUGUAAUUUUUUAAGAAGACUUGGAGCAUUGAUAUUCAAAGUAUAUUUGAGAAUUUUUCCUGAAU